AUGUCCUUUGCCAGCCUUCCCUUCGAGCUCCGCUCCCGCAUCUGGAGCUUGGCCGUGGUGCCUCGCCACAUCACAAAAGUGCGCGUGAAGAAGAGUGAUGGCAGCUUCAGCAAGAAGCAGCGCCAGAAAGGCAAGGACAUCCUCUACGAGACCACGUCAACACCGCCCCCGGCACUCAUGCAUGUGUGCCACGAGUCUCGUCAGCAAGCGCCCUACCAGCGCGCAUUCACCGCGGGCACCGAGCCGCGCUGGACGUGGGUCAACUUUGAGCUCGACAUUUUCUGCGUCUCGAAUCUCUAUGCCCUUUCGGACAUUGUCUCCCACCGAUCCGAGGUCCAGCGGCUUCAGAUUCGGACUGACGAUCACCCUGACUGGUACGAGUCGGCCACCCGAUAUAAUGGGCUGUCCACUCUUUCCAAAAUGGAGAGCCUUAGGGAAAUUCAGGUUGUGUUGGAGCCUGGCGACUUGAUGUGGGGAGACGUGUUCGCGGAUUAUGGCUUUGGAUGCUGUCCUGAAGACAACAUCACGUUCCUCGACGAGGGGUCCGGCCUCGUGCUCACUGGCCCUCAGCUAAAGAUGGUGGGCGACUGGCGGACAGUGUUCUCGUUUGACAGCGAGGGAAACCCGCUCGACCCGGAUAGGCUCUCGGAUGAGAUUGAUUAUGCCCUCGACGAUUUUUGGCAUAUGACUUUGGCACAAAUGCAUGAGCUGAAUUGA